ACUUCGCUUGACCACCAACCGCAUCGCUCGUUCUGGCCGUCGUAUUCCAUAACCCUCUGGUUUUGAAACCAUAUCUCGUAGAAUAUUCAUGCUCACAAGGUUUCGUCCUAGACUCUUUGGACUUUUCUUCGAACCGACCCCCAUGCUUACUCCCUCACCCCGCAGCAGAACAGCGCCAAGGCCAAGGGGCACAGUUCAUCCGCUCACCACUACAGCCACCGUUCGCACCACUGAUACUGGAGUUUGUAUCAUCGUUUCUUCCCCAGUACGGAGUGCAUCCCAAGGGCCAAGGGUCAGGCAGGCCUCUCACACACCGCUAGAAUCCCGAUAUGGCAAUAUGUACGGUCCACAUCGAUUGUGGCAGAGCGCCCAGAGUCUCUCCGAGGUGAUGAUCGUGUUUUGAAGCUUUUCAGGUUUGCCGCAAGUCCUUGCAGCUAUGGAGUUUGAAAACGUACUGAACAUCAUCUUCUGCCACUCUAAUCAACAUG